ACUUGUAACAGAAUGAUUUAUCCCUAAUGAAAUCGUGUCGUAUUAGCUACUACAAGAGCUAAUCAGUUGUCUUUUAUCCCCGUUCUAACGCCUCGAGUCAAAUGAGCCAUCCCAUCCUAGACAGGCGCUCCCGUUCGCCGUCCCACCACACCCAGCAUUACCCUACUUGCAAGAGCGAGUCACAAAGACACCACCAAGCCUUCCUCGCCUCUAGCCAUCCCGUAAUUGAAGACCAAGCCAGACACAGACAAGCGCACGGGAGAAAAAGCGGAGGGUAGAGGGGGCGCUCGCAGCCAGUAUCCUUGUAUAAACAGCAAAAGAACGUC